UACAACUGCUUCUAGUACAGCAUCUUUGAGUACAGGUGCUACAACUGCCUCUACUACAACACUUACGAGUACGAGCUCUACAACAACCAUUUCUACUACAGAACCUAAGGCUACAAGCACUACAACAACCACCUCUACUACAGAACCUAAGGAUACAAGCACUACAACAACCACCUCUACAGUACCUAAGGAUACAAGCACUACAACAACCACCUCUACUACAGAACCUAAGGAUACAAGCACUACAACAACCACCUCUACAGUACCUAAGGAUACAAGCACUACAACAACCACCUCUACUACAGAACCUAAGGAUACAAGCACUACAACAACCACCUCUACAGUACCUAAGGAUACAAGCACUACAACAACCACCUUUACUACAGUACCUAAGGAUACAAGCACUACAACGACUGCCUCUACUACAGAAACUAAGGAUAGAAGCACUACAACAACUGCCUCUACUACAGAAACUAAGGAUAGAAGCACUACAACGACUGCCUCUACUACAGAACCUAAGGAUACAAGCACCAUAUCAACUGCCUCUACUACAGAACCUACGAAUACAAGCACUACAACCACAACCUCUACUACAGUACCUAUUACUACAAGUGCUAAAACAACUGUCAUUACUACAGCAUCUACAAGUACAAGUACUAUAUCCACUGCCUCUACUACAGCAUCUACGGGUACAAGCAUUACAAUGGCUGCCUCUACUACAACACCUAUGAGUACAAGUGCUACAAACACUCCCUUAAGUACAGCACCUUUGAGUACAAACGCAACCACCUCUACUACAACCCAUUCGAGUACAAGUGCUACAACAACCACCUCUAGUACAGUACCUACAAGUAAAAGCGCUACAAUUGCCUCUACUACAGCAAGUACAAGCACUAGAUCAACUGCCUCUACUACAGCACCUACAGGUACAAGCACUACAAUGACUGCCUCUACUACAGAACCUACGAAUACAAGCACUACAACCACAACCUCUACUACAGUACCUACGACUACAAGUGCUAAAACAACUGUCAUUACUACAGCAUCUACAAGUACAAGUACUAUAUCCACUGCCUCUACUACAGCACCUACGGGUACAAGCACUACAAUGGCUGCCUCUACUACAACACCUAUGAGUACAAACGCUACAAACACUCCCUUAAGUACAGCACCUUUGAGUACAAACGCAACCACCUCUACUACAACCCAUUCGAGUACAAGUGCUACAACAACCGCCUCUAGUACAGUACCUACAAGUAAAAGCGCUACAAUUGCCUCUACUACAGCAAGAACAAGCACUAGAUCAACUGCCUCUACUACAGCACCUACAGGUACAAGCGCUGCAACUUCCUCUACUACAGAACCUAUUAGUACAAGCACUCCAACAACCUCCUCUUCUACAGCAUCCAUGAGUGCAAGUGCUAAAACAACUGCCUCUAUAACAGCACCUACAAGUACAAACACUAUAACACCUUCCUCUACUACAGAACCUUUGAGUACCAGCACUACAACAACCACCUCUACUACAGCAUCCAUGAGUACAAGUACUAUAUCAACUGCCUCUACUACAGCAUCUACGGAUACAAGCACUACAACAACCUCCACUACUACAGCACCUACAGGUACAAACACUCUAUCAACUGCCUCAACUACAGCACCUACAGGUACAAGCACUACAAACACUGCCUCUAGUACAUCACCUUUGAGUACAAGCACUACCACAACCGCCUCUACUACAACACAUUCAAGUACAAGCGCAACAGCAACUACCUCUAGUACAGCACCUACAAGUAAAAGCACUAAAACUGCCUCUCCUACAUCAAGUACAAGCACAAUAUCAACUGCCUCUACUACAGCACCUACAGGUAUAAAUACUACAAUGACUGCCUCUACUAAAACAACUGCCUCUACUACAGCACCUAUGUGUACAAGCACUACAACAACCACCUCUCCUACAGAAUCCAUGAGUACAAGUGUGAAAACAUCUGCCUCUACUACAGCACCUACUGGUACAAGCACUACAAUAACCAGCUCUAGGACAGCAUCCAUGAGUACAAGUGCUAAAACAACUGCCUCUACUACAGCACCGACAAGUACAAGCACUAAAACGCCUGCCUCUACUACAGCACCUAUGAGUACAAACACUACAACAACCACCUCCUCUGCAGCAUCCAUGAGUACAAGUGUUAAAACAACUGCCUCUACUACAGCAUCUACAAGUACCAGCACUAUAUCAACUGCCUCUACUACAGCACGUACAGGUACAAGCACAACCAUAACCACCUCUACUACAGCAUCUAUGAGUACAAGUGCUAAAACAACUGCCUCCAUUACAGCAUCUACAAGUAACAGAAUUAUAUCAACUGCCUCUACUACAGCACCUACAGGUACAAGCACUACGAUGACUGUCUCUACUACAGAACCUACAAGUACAAGCACUACAACAACCACCUCUUCUGAAGCAUCCAUGAGUACAAGUGCUAAAACAACUGCCUCUACUACUGUACCUACAAGUACCAGCGCUAUAUCAUUUGCCUCUACUACAGCACCUACUGGUAGAAGCACAACAACUGCCUCUAAUACAGCACCUAUGGGUACAAGCAUGGGUACAAGCACUACAAUAACCACCUCUACUACAGCAUCAAUGACUGCCUCUACUACAGAACCUACAAGUACAAGAACUACAACAACCACCUCUUCUGCAGCAUCCAUGAGUACAAGUGCUAAAACAACUGCCUCCACUACAGCAUCUACAAGUACCAGCGCUAUAUCAACUGCCUCUACUACAGCACCUACAGGUACAGGCACUACAACGACUGCCUCUACUAUAGCACCUACAAGUACAAACACUAUAUCAACUGCCCCUACUACAGCACCUACAAAUACAAGCACUAUAUUAACUGCCCCUACAACAGCACCUACAAAUGCAAGCACUAUAUCAACUGCCUCUACUACAGAACAUACAGGUACAAGCACAACAACGACUGCGUCUACUACAGCACCUACAAAUGCAAGCACUAUAUCAACUGCCUCUACUACAGAACCUACAAAUACAAGCACUAUAUCAACUGCCUCUACUACAGCACCUACAGGUACAAGCACUAUAUCAACUGCCUCUACUACAGCAACUACAAAUACAAGCACUAUAUCAACUGCCUCCACUACAGCACCUACAGGAAAAAGCACUACAACAACUGCCUCUACUACAGUACCUACAAGUACAAGCACUAUAUCAACUACCCCUACUACAGCACCUACAAAUACAAGCACUAUAUCAACUGACCCUAUUACACCACCUACAAAUACAAGCACUAUAUCAACUGCCUCUACUACAGAACAUACAGGUACAAGCACUACCAUGACUGCCUCUACUACAGCACCUACAAAUACAAGCACUAUAUCAACUGCCUCUACUACAGCACCUACAAGUACAAGCACUAUAUCAACGGCCCCUACUACAGCACCUACAAAUACAAACACUAUAUCAACUGCCUCUACUACAGCACCUACGGGUACAAGCACUACAAUUACUGCCUCUACUACAGCACCUACAAAUACCAGUGCUACAAUAACCACCUCUACUACAGCAUCCAUGAAUACAAGUGCUAAAACAACUGCCUCCAUUACAACAUCUACAAGUACCAGCCCAAUAUCAACUGCCUCUAAUACAGCACCUACAAGUACAAACACUACAGUGACUGUCUCUACUACAGAACCUAUGAGUACAAGCACUACUGCAUCCAUGAGUACAAGUGCUAACACAACUGCCUCUAGUACAGCACCUUUCAGUACAAGCGCUAUAUCAACUGCCUUUAUUACAGCACUUACGGGUACAAGCACUACAACAACUUCCUCUGGUACAGCAUCUACAAGUACCAGCGCUAUAUCAACUGCCUCUACAACAGCACCUAUGAGUAUAAGCGCUACAACAACAACCUCUAUUACAGCAUCCAUGAGUACAAGCACUAUAUCAACUGCCUUUACUACUGCCCCUACAAGUACAAGCAAUACAAUGACUGCCUCUACUACAGCACCUAAGAGUACAAGCACUGCAAACACUGCCUCUAGUACAGCACCUAUGAGUAUAAGCGCAACAACAACCACCUCUAGCACAGCAUCUUUGAGUACAAGCAGUACAUCAACUGCCCCUACUACAGCACCGACAGGUACAAACGCUACAACUGCCUCUAGUACAUCACCUACAGCUACAAACACUAAAACUGCCUCUACUACAGCAACUACAGCUACAAACGCUACAACUGCCUCUAGUACAGCACCUACAGCUACAAAUGCUACAACUGCCUCUAGUACAGCACCUACAGCUACAAACACUACAACUGCCUCUAGUACAGCACCUACAGCUACAAACGCUACAACUGCCUCUAGUACAGCACCUACAGCUACAAAGGCUACAACUGCCUCUAGUACAGCACCUACAAGUACAAGUGCUACAGCAACUGCCUCUAGUACAGCACCUACAGCUACAAAUGCUACAACUGCCUCUAGUACAGCACCUACAGCUACAAAUGCUACAACUGCCUCUAGUACAGCACCUACAGCUACAAACGCUACAACUGCCUCUAGUACAGCACCUACAGCUACAAACACUACAACUGCCUCUAGUACAGCACCUACAGCUACAAAUGCUACAACUGCCUCUAGUACAGCACCUACAGCUACAAAUGCUACAACUGCCUCUACUACAGCACCUACAGGUACAAAUGCUACAACUGUCUCUACUAUAGCACCUACAUCUACAAACGCUACAACUGGCUCUAGUACAGCACCUACAAGUACAAGUGCUACAGCAACUGGCUCUAGUACAGCACCUACAGGUACAAAGGCUACAACCGCCUCUAGUACAGCACCUACAGCUACAAACGCUACAACUGCUUCUACUACAGCACCUACAGGUACAAACGCUACAACCGCCUCUAGUACAGCACCUACAGCUACAAACGCUACAACUGCCUCUACUACAGCACCUACAGGUACAAAUGCUACAACUGCCUCUAGUACAGCACCUACAGCUACAAAUGCUACAACUGCCUCUAGUACAGCACCUACAGGUACAAACGCUACAACUGCCUCUACUACAGCACCUACAAGUGCUACAACAACUGCCUCUACUACAGCACCUACAAGUACAAGUGCUACAACAACUGCCUCUACUACAGCACCUACAGUUACAAACACUACAUCAAGCACCAUAGAGGUCAGUAGCACAACAGUAAAGAUAUCUGAGAAACCUCUUCCAGUAUGCCAAAAUGGAGGUACCUAUGUUGAAGGCAAAUGUGUUUGUUUAGAAAAUUUUCAAGGAGAUCUUUGUGAAUUUGUAAAAAACAUUAUAGCUGUUGAGAAAACCACCACUGCUGUUUUGAAUGUAGACCUAACCUUCACCAAGAUGAAUUUUACUGAAAAUCUGGCAAAUAACGAAACCGUGGAAUAUAAAGCAUUUGAAAAGGACUUCAAAAAAAAUAUGAGUGAUGUCUAUAGGAAUAUUACUGGGUUUAAAGAAGUUGAAAUACUGUCCAUAAGGCAAGGAAGCAUUAUUGUGGCUCAUAGACUUAUUAUGGUAUUAGACUAUAAGCCCGAUGAGAAUAUAGAUCAAAUGUUCAACCAAGCACGUCAAGAGGUAGAAAAAAAUCUUGAAGAAAUGAGGAAAAACAACUGUGCAGAUGCAAACAACAACCUGUGUGUUGCCGAAGAUUACACAGUGACUGGAACACCACCAAAAUCUCUUGAAGAGCAAUGCAAGCAAACAGUUGCAGAAGGUUUUCAAGAGUUUUUCACUCCGAUUUUUGAAUCUGGGAAUCCUAUCUGCGUGUCUCACUGUGAAAACAAAUCUCCUUCUUAUGUGGACUGUCAUAAAGGAACCUGUCACAUCCAGAAGAUGAUGGGACCCCAGUGCUUUUGCCCAGCAUUGGACAAGUAUAUGUACACAAAAUCAGACUGUACAGGCUCAAUUCUUAAGGAUGCUUUAUAUGGCGGCGUGGGAGCAGCCAUUGGUGUCUUGGUCGUCAUCAUUUGCACUGUACUAUUCCUCUUGUACAGAUCUAAAACGUCAAACAAGGACAGUCCAACCCAGAGAGUGUGA